AUGGCUUCCGCAAUCGAGGCCGCGAGACGCAAGGCUGAAGCGGCCCUUACAGCAGUCAAAGAUGUUGCAGCAGAUGCCCCUGCAGCGAUGCAGAAGGCUUCUGAGAACCCGCAACAAGCCUCCCGUGAAGUUCUGCAGUCGCCAUUUAUGCGAGCUGCCCUUCCCUUUGUUAAUGGAGGUGCUGCCGGUAUGGUCGCUACCACGGUGAUCCAGCCAAUCGACAUGAUCAAGGUCCGCCUCCAGCUUGCCGGUGAGGGUGUCAAAACAGGCCCGCGACCGUCGCCAAUCACAAUCACAAAGGACAUCAUUGCUGCUGGGAGGGUGAUGGAUCUCUACACUGGUCUGAGUGCAGGUCUCCUACGACAAGCUGUUUACACCACAGCACGACUUGGAUUCUUCGAUACUUUCAUGAAAAGUCUCAGUGCCCGCGCGGAAGGUCAGGGCCAGAUUAUUGGCUUUAAAGAGCGAGCGAUGGCAGGUUUGACAGCCGGCGGUAUCGCUGCGUUCAUUGGCAAUCCAGCUGAUUUGGCAUUGAUCCGUAUGCAAAGCGACGGUCUGAAGCCCAAAGCUGAGCGGGCCAACUACAAAGGUGUCGGCGAUGCGCUGAUGAGAAUCGCGAAGAAUGAGGGCGUUGCUCGGCUCUGGGCUGGCGCAAACCCGACCGUGGUGCGCGCAAUGGCGUUGAACUUUGGACAACUCGCAUUCUUCUCAGAAGCAAAAGCACGACUGAAGACCAUGGACACGAUGGGUCCUCGGACGCAAACGCUGACGGCAUCCGCAAUCGCGGGCUUCUUCGCAUCCUUCUUCAGUCUCCCAUUCGACUUUGUGAAGACCCGGUUGCAGAAACAAUCUCGAGGUCCGGAUGGUAAGCUUCCAUACAAGGGAAUGGUGGACUGCUUCCAGAAGGUCAUCCGAGAGGAGGGUCCUUUGCGAUUCUAUCGUGGCUUCUCGACGUAUUACACACGUAUCGCGCCGCAUGCAAUGGUGACUCUGAUCGUAGCCGACUACUUGAAUUUUAUCACCAAGUAA